GCCGCCCCGCCCCACCCCACCGCACGCUACACCGCCGCCUGACGUCGUCGCCACUGCUCCAGCUCCUCCUUCUCGUCGCCACCGUCGCCGCCACUUCGAAGUCGUCGUCGCCAACUGCCGCAGCAGCCCCGUCGUCUCCAGCCGCCGCAACAGCCAGUCAUCGCCCCUUUUGAAUUCGUCGUCGCCAGCCGCCCCCAGCCGUCGCGUCGCGUCGUCGCAAAAGCUUCAACGGACGUCGCCUCGCCGCACCUGGUCGCCGGAAGCUACGGUACCCAGUUGGAUUGAUGAUUUUUGGUGUCAAUCUGGUUGGAGAUUCUGCUAGAAGCAUCUGGUCUGUCAUUUUAGGCUUUAAAACUUACUUUGACAAAUUUCUUGAAUUUUCAUCUCAUGAGUAUACUUCUGUGGUUUUCUUGUUCAGUUUGUGUCCUUGUUGAAUCCAGCAAUCAGUGUUACAUCGAGAUAUUACGUGAUGGCUAUGAGUCCUUUGCUAUGUACUGCUUUGAAAGAUAUCUUAUUGCCUGUUUAGGUGGGGAAGAUAGAGCUAUAAGAUUCAUGCAGAGGCAAGGGCGUGAAAGUUCAAAGGCACCCCUACUAGAUCAUGACCAUGAGAAGGGAAUUAUAAAGCAUCCAUUUCCAAUGAAUUAUCUUUUCAAACCAUGGCCUUUAAUGUCUAUUGUGAAGGAGACUUCAAGUGGAAUUGUGGUGCAGCUUGAGUUUUUGCCUUUAUAUCUGGUCCUCUUGAUUUUGGAGCUGACCAACUAGACACAUGAUGGUAUGGUGAACAAUAUGCUAGCAAAGGAGAGGAUGUAGAUCGCGCUUUACUUCCUGAGCAGACACCAUUUUAUGAAGAUCUGGUUAUUGCCCUAUUUUAGUAGCUUUCUAUUAUGUCCUGAUGUCAUUAUUAGCAUGGUUGAUCACCUUAAUGUCUUUACUGUGUGCCAAGUUUCACAUCGAUAUCCUCCUAAACCUUCAUCUGUUGUGGACUCAAAGAGAAAAUGCAUAUUUCUGCUUGUGUGUUCUCAAUGGAAAAUGCCAAUCUGAAGGAGAAGCAGCCUUGCAACAAUCCUUGACCUCCAGGGUAUCUUGAGGAAAAGAACUUUAUAUAAUGUGAUAUAUUGGCAGGCUCUCAAUAUGAUUUCACUACUUCUGCCAUGAGUCUUAUUCCAAUUUGCAUCUGCCCCUUUGUCUUUUUUUUAGAAGGUUUGGGUAUUGACUAGUAAAUUUAAGUCUUUGCCUUUUCCAAGUUACAUUGCAUAUAUGGAUCAACAUAGAUUCAAUUGUCUAAGUAAAUAUAUAUUAAUUAAUUCUUAUAUGGUUGCUUAUAGAUAUGGACUCCCAGCUAAUAGAUUAUGGAUUAGUGUUUAUGAAGACGAUGAUGAAACUUUUGCAAUAUGGCACAAUGUGAUACGGAACUUUUCUUCAA